CAUUUCGCCAUCAUGACGAUCAUCAUUGACGGAAAGGCUAUUGGCGCCACGAUCCUCGAAGAACUCAAGGCCGAAGUCCAGAAAAAUGUCGCCGAACAUGCCGACUACGUCGUGCCUGGCCUUGCGGUAGUCCUUGUUGGCGACCGCAAGGAUUCCGCCACGUACGUCCGCAUGAAGAAGAAGGCGUGCGAACAACUGGGGUACCGCACCGUGAGCAUCAACUUGCCCGUGGACAUUGCGUACGACGCCCUCAUUCAUGAAAUCGAUGCUUUGAACAAUGACCCCACCGUGCAUGGCAUUUUGGUCCAAUUGCCACUUCCUCGCCACCUCGACGAAGAAUCCGUGCUCAACCACAUCGUGCCUGGCAAGGAUGUCGACGGGUUGCACCCCAUGAACGUGGCGGCGCUGUCUGUGAGCUCCAAGCUUCCAUACGUCGUUGCGUGCACCCCCGCGGGCUGCAUCGAACUCUUGGACCGUCAUGGCAUUGAAAUCGAAGGAAAGCGAGCGGUGGUCGUCGGUCGAUCCCGCAUCGUGGGCAUCCCCGUGGCGCACCUAUUGCUGGGCCGCAACGCCACCGUUACUAUCUGCCACUCGAAGAGCGUUAACUUGGAGGGUAUCGUGCGCGAAGCCGACAUCUUGGUCGCCGCUUGCGGUCGCGCCGAAAUGGUGCAAGGCAGCUGGAUCAAGCCUGGCGCCACGGUCAUCGACGUUGGCAUCAACUCUGUAGAUGACGCAACCAAGAAGGCUGGGUACCGCCUAGUCGGCGACGUGCAUUACGCCAGUGCCAAGGAAGUGGCCGGUGCCAUCACCCCCGUGCCCGGUGGAGUCGGCCCCAUGACCAUCGCCAUGUUGAUGAAGAACACUUUGGUCUGUGCCCAUCGCACCCAGCCCCAUUUGUUUCAAAAGUAACAAGUACUUGAUCUCUAAGACGAUCCACAUCGUCUAAUUAAAAGUUAGAACAAUGAUCUAUAUCAUUUCAAUUCAGCCAAAUUGUG